UCAGCUACCCCAAUGUGCCAAGUGGAGUUUGAGAUGGCCUGUGCUGCUAUCAAGCUGCUGAAGGGUCCUGUGAGCGAUGAGGAGAAAUUGCUGGUGUACAGUUUCUACAAACAGGCCACCCAGGGUGACUGCAACAUCCCUGCCCCACCCGCCUCAGAUGUGAAAUCCAAGGCCAAGUGGGACGCGUGGAAUGGGAACAAAGGGAUGUCCAAGAUGGACGCCAUGAAGCUCUAUGUUGCCAAAGUGGAAGAGCUGAAGAAAAAGGAGGCUGGCUGAGGACACACUGGCAGACAGAAGGAAGUAGCAUGGCUCCUCUGAUAGGGAAUGGGCUUCUUAAAAGACUUUGAUGGCUGAAAUGUCCUGUACUAGUAGCAAGGUUAUCUGAGACAUCAAUA